AUGAAUCAGUUGCUGAGGUUCAGAGGUUAAAAUUUAUAUUAUUUAUUUCUAAAAUCUAAAUAAUUAGGUAUGGAUACUGAAUACAAAUUAUCGCAUAAGGCUAAAAAAAGGAUCAAAGAAAUUAAAAGAAAAGCUCGACCAGAGUUGGCUGACAAAUACCAAUGGACAGCUUUAAAGUAUGCAAGUAGUUUUGAAGAGUUUAUAAAAUGUAAGGACAAUGUUGAUAGAAUAAAUGAAAAUGAAUUCAGUCCUGAAGAGUUCAUAGAGAAAUAUGAGAAAAUUUACAAGCCAGUCGUUAUCAGCAAUGUUCAGACGAACUGGCGAGCCAAUCACAAGUGGACGCAAGAGCGACUCGCCAAAAAGUAUCGCAACCAAAAAUUCAAAUGUGGAGAAGACAAUGAGGGAUACAGUGUAAAAAUGAAAAUGAAGUAUUACAUAGAGUAUAUGAGGACAACGACUGAUGAUAGUCCACUGUAUAUUUUUGAUAGUAGUUUUGGAGAACAUCCAAGAAGGAAAAAGCUCUUGGAAGAUUAUGAAGCUCCUCUUUACUUUAGGGAUGAUUUAUUUAAGUAUUGCGGGGAAGAGAGACGUCCACCUUACCGCUGGUUUGUAAUGGGGCCACAGAGGUCUGGAACUGGUAUCCACAUUGACCCGUUGGGCACAAGUGCCUGGAAUGCUUUAGUUUUUGGGCACAAGCGAUGGUGUUUAUUUCCAACCCAGACACCACGAGAACUGAUCAAAGUUACUGGAUUGGUAGGCGGUAAACAGAGAGAUGAAGCUAUAACAUGGUUCAAGCUUAUUUAUCCUAAAACACAGUUGGAUUCUUGGCCAGAAGAAUACAAACCAGUUGAAAUUCUCCAGAAACCUGGUGAGACAGUGUUUGUCCCUGGAGGUUGGUGGCACGUUGUUCUCAAUCUAGAUGACACUGUUGCAGUGACCCAAAACUUUUGCAGUCGAACCAACUUCCCUGUAGUUUGGCACAAGACUGUAAGAGGACGUCCAAAACUUUCAAAGAAAUGGGCUAAAGUACUAGAAACCAAAGAGCCUGAGCUUUACAAAAUUGCAAGUGGCAUGGACUUGAGUCAAGGUACAGGAGUUGCGUCAGACAGCUCUUCAAAUAGCAGCUCUUCCAGUAGUGACAGUGACAGCAGCUCAACUGCAAGCUCUAAUGAAGAAGACAGUGGCCAAGAGAGUAUCACUGCACACAAGAAGAAGAGAAAACGAAAAGUUUGAAAAACCUGCUAGUGUAUUUUGUACUGUAAUUAACUAUUUAUGUAAGCGACAAAUUUCUAUCAGUUUAAUAUUGUUUGUCUUGUAUAUUUUAAGCCUUUUGUAUUACUAGAUUUAAUUGA